UGAUGUGCUCCACAUCUUUGUAAAUGCGCGAUACUUUUCCUUUCUAGGCUUUGUGCAGAUUCAUCAUCUCUUCUAUACCUAGAAGCACAACUUCUUUAGAUUGGUCCUACUUCAGCACAAAAAACGGAUCUAAUUCGAACCACUGGCAAAGGACUAAAGCAAAAUUUCAGAUACAUACAUGCUUGCCCUCUUUCUCGCUUACUUCGGUGGAAGUAGCAAUAAAGGAUUGCAGAUCUUAACAAUUUUGGGAAACAUCCAAGAAAUUAUUCUUCAAACCAUUGCUGCAGAUCAAAAUUUGUGUGGAAGAUCUUCUACUGAACUUAAAGUAAGCCCUAUCUAUAUUAUCCUCGAGCAAAGAGUGAGCGCACUUUUUAUAUGGACAUUUACUACAUACAUGGUGAAUGGGAGAAGCUCAUUAUUCAACUAGUUUAGCAGUGAUAAUCUCUUCACUUUUGCCUAAUUGAUCAUGUUAGUAAGAGAAGGAGCUAGUUUAACUAAGCAAGAAAGUAUCCUUACUGAUGGUAAGGCACCGACAAGUACUACACAAGUAUGGUUCAGAAACCCUAGAAUUGUGCGGGUGUCGCGCGGAUUCAAAGGCAAAGAUCGGCACAGUAAAGUCACCACAGUGAGAGGGUUAAAAGAUCGGCGCAUAAGGCUAUCGGUACUAACCGCUAUUCAGUUGUAUGAUCUUCAAGAUAAGCUAGGGCUUAAUCAACCAAGCAAAGUUGUGGAUUGGCUUCUAAAUGCGGCCCAGCACGAGAUCGACAAACUCCCUCCGCUCCAAAUGCCGCCAGGAAAUUUCAUUCAGUUCCCUCAAAUGGCUCCUCGCGAAGGUGGUAAUUGCAGUACUCAUGAGGCUGUGAUUGAAACUAUACAUCAGCAGUUAACAGCAUCAUCUAGUAUGGCAAACAACAGUUUUUUCAACAAUAAUAUUAGUGAAGAUCUCAUGACAAUAUCGAACGGAGAUGUUCGUAUGGGGAUCAAACCAAAAGGUAAUUACAUUAAUAUACUUGGAGGAAAUGAUACAGAAAAUCAAAUUGCUGAAACUUACACACCCUACCAUCAAUGGGGUUCGUCAGAUGCAUGGAUGUCUCAAUCAGGAAGCCAUUCAUCGCAAGAAGAAUCAGCUCGUGUUUCCGAUCAAGCACCGAAGUUCGCGUUAACUUUUGACGCGAAGCAGCAUAACUACUUCCAGAUAGCAAAUCUGCAGCUGUCGCAAAAUCUUUUCGACCACAUAAACUUGAAUACUUUGCAAGAAACCAUGAAGAACAACUAGCAAUUCCUGGAGUAAACAAAAGAGCGGCAUCCUCAAAUCCACGAAGAAACAAUGGUCUAAAGGAGUAUCUGAGGUAACGGGUACCUAAUAAUACACUUCUCAUUUGAUAUGUAAAGGCGAUAAUAUUUGGCUAAUCAAUAUCACUAGAGCACUUUUUGUUAUUGCCAGAGGAAAAUAAGUCUAAAUCCUUGUUAGAUACAAUGUAUUGAUCCUCGCAAUAUCAGAAAAGGCUGUAGCUAAUAUUUUUCCA